GGCGGCGGCGGCGGCGAACAAAGAGGCGGCGGGCGCGGGCGGCCGAGCGGAGCCGAGCGCAGCCGAGCCGGGCCGAGCCGGGCCGAGCCGGGCCGGGCCGGGCCCAGGAGCGCGCGGAUGAUGCGGGCGGCCAGGCGGGGGUCGACGGGUCCCUGAAGCCCGCGCCCCGGGCCAGCAAGGGAGCCCCGCGCAGGCCGCGCGCAUCGGGAGGCGGCCGGGCCCUGCCAUGGCCGGGGUCAGCUACGCGGCGCCCUGGUGGGUGAGCCUCCUGCACCGGCUGCCCCACUUCGACCUGAGCUGGGAGGCCACUAGCAGCCAGUUCCGGCCCGAGGACGCCGACUACCAGCAGGCGCUGCUGCUGCUGGGGGCCGCCGCCCUGGCCUGCCUCGCCCUGGACCUCCUCUUCCUGCUCUUCUACUCCUUCUGGCUGUGCUGCCGGCGGCGCAAGAGCGAGGAGCACCUGGACGCCGACUGCUGCUGCACGGCCUGGUGUGUCAUCAUCGCCACGCUGGUGUGCAGCGCCGGCAUCGCAGUGGGAUUCUACGGCAACGGGGAGACCAGUGAUGGCAUCCAUAGGGCCACCUACUCGCUCCGCCACGCCAACCGCACGGUGGCCGGGGUCCAGGACCGCGUGUGGGACACGGCGGUGGGGCUGAACCACACGGCGGAGCCCAGCCUGCAGACCCUGGAGCGGCAGCUGGCCGGGCGGCCCGAGCCCCUGCGAGCCGUACAGAGGCUGCAGGGCUUGCUGGAGACGCUGCUGGGCUACACGGCCGCCAUUCCCUUUUGGAGGAACACGGCGGUGUCGCUGGAGGUGCUGGCGGAGCAGGUGGAUCUCUACGACUGGUACAGGUGGCUGGGCUACCUGGGCCUGCUGCUGCUGGACGUCAUCAUCUGCCUCCUGGUGCUGGUUGGCCUCAUCCGCAGCUCCAAGGGCAUCCUGGUGGGGGUCUGCCUGCUGGGAGUCCUGGCCCUGGUCAUCAGCUGGGGCGCGCUGGGCUUGGAGCUGGCUGUGUCCGUGGGCUCCAGCGACUUCUGUGUGGACCCUGACACCUACGUGACCAAAAUGGUGGAGGAGUACUCGGUGCUGAGUGGGGACAUCCUGCAGUACUACCUGGCCUGCUCACCCCGCGCCGCCAACCCCUUCCAGCAGAAGCUGUCGGGCAGCCACAAGGCGCUGGUGGAGAUGCAGGAUGUCGUGGCUGAGCUUCUGAGGACCAUCCCCUGGGAGCAGCCGGCCACUAAGGACCCCCUCCUCCGCGUCCAGGAGGUGCUGAAUGGCACGGAGGUGAACCUGCAGCACCUCACCGCCCUGGUGGACUGCCGCAGCCUGCAUCUGGACUACGUGCAAGCACUGACCGGCUUCUGCUAUGAUGGCGUGGAGGGCCUCAUCUACCUGGCCCUCUUCUCCUUCGUCACAGCCCUCAUGUUCAGCUCCAUCGUCUGCAGCGUCCCGCACACCUGGCAGCAGAAGAGAGGCCCUGAUGAGGACGGGGAGGAAGAGGCCGCUCCAGGGCCGCGGCAGGCACACGACAGCCUCUACCGCGUCCACAUGCCCAGCCUGUACAGCUGUGGCAGCAGCUACGGCAGUGAGACCAGCAUCCCGGCCGCGGCCCACACCGUCAGCAACGCCCCGGUCACUGAGUACAUGAGCCAGAACGCUAAUUUCCAGAACCCCCGCUGUGAGAACACCCCACUCAUUGGGCGCGAGUCCCCGCCGCCCUCAUACACCUCCAGCAUGAGAGCCAAAUACCUCGCCACGAGCCAACCUCGCCCUGACUCCAGCGGCAGCCACUAGACCACGCGCGGCAGCCACCCACCCCACGUGCCAACUUCCCCUCCCUGUGCCAGCACUGCCGCUUCCACCUGGGCCACCCGCCGGACCCUCGCACGCCGUGCCAGGCCUGCCCCAGACGCGUCUGCAGGCCGCUUGCCCUCCUCUCCCCUCCCCGCAGGGGCACAGUGGAGACGCAGGGGCUCUGGGCCUGUACCGCCAACUCGGGUCACACCUGAACGCUGCCGCCAGCCGAUGCCCCAGCCCUGCACGCCACCCACUAUCCCGGCACGCUCCCUCUGCAGAUGGCCGCUGCACCUACAAGCCCUGGCCGCACCCAACCUGUGCUGUCACCGCCCGGCCCUUCCCUCCACAGCUCUCCUUCCUGCCGCCUGGUACUUCUGUGGACCCCUUCUUAGUUCACAGGCACGGCUGGGACCGCUCUGUGCUGGCGCCUGCUGGCCACUGAGGGACAGGGGCACGUGCCACCUGCUCAUCUCUGCCCUGAGGUCACCUCGUGGUCCCUCCACGUGCCCGUCUCUCUGCAGUGCCCUCCUCGCCCGUGCAGCCUGCCCACCCACAGGCUCACCCCUCCUGCCAGCUGCCAGAGGCUCCCUCCAGCAGGGCCUCUCUCCGUCGCCCCAGCUUCACUCCCUCCCUCAGCACCCGCCCUGCUGGAGGCCCAGCCCUCCAUGGACAGCAGGGGCCACGUGGAGCCCGGGCCACUCACCCGCCACCCAGUGCUGGCCGCCUUCUUGGUGCCAAACCCCCUUCUCCCACCCAGAGACUGGGCAGCUGUGUCUGGUUCGUUCUUUGCACUAACCACAUUUGUCAUCUCUAGGGCAGGCUGGGGCUGCGGGCUGAGGGGGACUGCUUGCACCCCCUUCCCUCCCUUCUUGGUUCCAUUUCCAUCCGUGACAGGUACAGCGUCCCAGGAGCCCAGCCUGAGGGGCUGGACCCGAGCCGGCUGUGAACAUCCCUCAGCCCCUGCUGUCCCCCCUUGGGACUAACCACUAACCUCACCCCCAAACUCCACGAGUGCCCCUGGCUGCCCCAGAGCCGGCAGUGUGAGCCCAAGUCCGGGCUGGAGCCAAGGCCGGAGCAGCUGGCUGGGAGUCAAGGCUGCAGUAGCGUUUCUUCAUGGGGUGCUCCAGGGGGUGCCACAGACCGACAGGAAGCCCAAGGGCCUGGACACCCCUCCCCAGGCAGGUGCUGCCCCAGGAGGACUGUCCUCGGGAAUGAACCUCCCAUGGGCUUUGGACUGAGGUCCCUGUGGCCUCGGUCUCCUCCCCAUGAAGUGGGAGCAAGGCUCCCCUAUGGUGCUUUUGGCUUUAGUGUACGAUGUUUGCUGUGCUUCCCGCCGUGGAGGGCAGAGCCACCCCACAUCAGGAUCAGACGUGCUGCCCCUGCCGGCCCUGGCCCCGGCCCAGCCAGCCCAGCCCUCGAGGCUCGAUGCCUGUGCCAAGGCCAGGGGCAGCCAGAGGGCAGCUGGACGGCCACGUGCAGGGGUCAAGGCCGGGCCCCACAGGGGGGCGGGCCGCCAGCUCCAGCAGUUUACAGACGCGUGGCUCUUCCUCCCAGAGCAGCCGGCAGCUACCUGGACCGGAAAUGUCCUCAUCUCCUCCCUGGGGUCAGGCUCUGCCCUUCCCUUCCUCUGUGGACCCCUCCUUUCUUUGUGCUGGUGUCUGGGACCAAAAAGGGGGAUACGGGAGGGCAGAGUGGAGAGGGGAGUCCAUGGGCCUGGGGCCCCACGCCGGGGCGUUUGAGCGCCCCAGGCAUGACCAAACCUCAGUGGAGGGGCCUCUGCUUCAGGCCCCGCCUGGCUGACAUUCUGAGCCCCCUCGGAGGCCCCGCCACAGCCAACCUGCCCAGUCUUUCCUCUGGGCUUGACCCGCCAGGGAGCUCUCCAGGCCUAGGGCCGGGAGAGAGGCCUUGGCACCCUGGCGUGGGUGCCUGCCAAGCGCCCUGCGACCGCUCAGAAGCACAAAUGCUGUCCAUGGCCGCGAGGCUGCCUGCCAGGUGAAUGGACAUAGCGCGAGAGGCGGUGAGGCCGGGGCUUCCAGCCUCGUGCUGUCUCGGGACUCCUGACCGUGGUGUGCGUGUGUGCCCGUCUGUGACUUUCUACUCACCGAGGUUGAAGAAAGGAAACGGGGAAAAUCAAAAGGGUUUCAAACCCCACCUCAGUAGGUGGAGGGGAGCGCCUGCCGUUGGUUGUAUUUUUGUUCUGAGUUUCCGGUGCCGUGUUCCUAACUACUCCAUCCCAUGACCUCGCCACACCUACUGGGGACAUCUGGCUGGCACCUGCUGCCGUGGCCAGCCCCCACUCUCACCCUGCACAGGGGGUCUCACAGCCCCCAGGCCCACAGCCUCGUUGGGAGGACAGGGUGGCCCUGGGGACAAGAGGGAGGAGCCUAGGGGCUUACCUCACUGAGAGGGCUCCCCAGCAGGCAUCCACUACUCCAGGGGCCCCUACAUGUCAUGGCAAGGUUGGUAGUGAACGGGCCUGGUUGGGAGCAGCCCCUGGCUUGUCCACCCACCCAUCUCACUAUGCAAUUCGAGUUCCAAGCACCAUUUGCUCCUGUCCUGGGGCCAGCUCUGCCCCAGCCCUGAGAUGGGUGGUGAGGCAGCCCCCUGGACCCCAGAACCCCAGUCAAGGGGGCAGGUGGGGGACCAGGGCCUCUCCUGUGGGAUCUUUGUUUUGUGUUUAACCAUAAUGGUUGUGUACUGAACCACUUCAUAUUUGUUAUAUAUAAUAUAUAUAUAAUCUCCUUAAGACUCAGCCUCCUGGUUUACCCCCCCCCCCGGCCCGGGCAUCUGACCUCCCCCACCCCAGUGUGAUUUAACAUCCAGGAACUGAGGCCUGAACCAUUUUGCAUUUCCCCCUCCUCCAGCCUCCGUAGGGCCAUGGCUGUAUGUACUGUCGCUGUGUUUUUUUGUUUUUUUAGAACUGGGUUUGGGGGCUGAUUUUUAUUUCUUUGGGGGCUUUAUUUUUCUUGGCAAAUACUAAAAAUCUCGUCAGUGUAAUUUCUGUGGUUUCUAUUCAGCUUGGGUUUCAUGUUUUAAAAUAAAGAAAUUUUAAAAAACAA